AUGGACCAGGAAAAAAGACUGAAGCAAGGAAUCCAGUGGAGGGCGCCGUUUCACAUGUCAAUUCUCUACAUUCCAGCUGGAAGAGGCUUCGACAAGUCAUCAACACAUGCAGGAGAGAUGCUCCCAUCCUGGGCUUUGUUUUUCAGCGCAAUGUGCCUGUGCAGCUUGUCCCAACCUGGACACACGAAGAAGACAGCCAGGUGUCCUUCAACAUGCAGCUGCUCCAAGGAGUCCAUCAUAUGUGUCGGGUCCUCCUACGUGCCCAGGAUAAGCCCCAACGACAUCAUUUCUUUGAGCAUAGUCAACGGGACCUUCUCCGAGGUCAAAGAGGCCAUGUUUUCUCACAUGCCAUCACUCCAAUUACUGCUCCUGAACUCCAAUUCCCUGACGACCAUUAGAGACGACGCGUUCUUGGGCCUGGCGCAUUUGGAGUAUCUGUUCAUAGAGAGUAACAAGAUAGAGACUGUAUCCAAAUAUGCCUUCAGAGGACUUAGGGACCUGACCCACUUGUCUUUGGCAAACAACAACAUUAAGGCUCUGCCUCGGGACCUCUUCAAUGGUCUGGACUCUCUCAUAGAGCUGGACCUGCGAGGCAACGCCUUCGAGUGCGACUGCCGAGCCAAGUGGCUGAUGUCGUGGCUGAGGAGCACCAACGCCACGGCGUCCGAUGUCGUGUGCGCUGGACCGGAGGACGUGAAGGACAAGCGUCUCAACGAUAUGAUCAUGAGUAGCGAGUGCAUCUCAACAGAUUUUGUCCUUCAUCAGACAGUGGUUUCGGAGUCCCUCUCCAUAGACACCUUCAGCUACAAGAACGACGUCUUUGUGGCCAUCGCGGCUCCUAGCGCAGAGAGCUGCAUGGUCCUCCAGUGGGACCACAUAGAGAUGAACUUUCGGACCUACGACAACAUCACAGGUCAGUCCAUCGUGGGCUGCAAGUCAGUGGUCAUCGAGGAGCAGGUGUUCAUCAUAGUGGCUCAGCUCUUUGGCGGCUCGCACAUCUACAAGUUCGAUGAGGACCAAAGCACGUUCACCAAAUUCCAGGACAUCGAGGUGUCCAAGGUCUCCAAGCCCAAUGACAUCGAGACCUUCCAAAUCGGAGCCGACCGAUUCUUCGUAAUCGCCGACAGCUCCAAAGCGGGCCUGUCCACGCUGUACAAAUGGAACGACAGCGGGUUCUACUCCUACCAGUCCCUCCACGAGUGGUACCGCGACACCGACGCAGAGUUCUUGGACCUGGACGGGAAAGCCCACCUGGUGUUAGCGAGUCGCUCUCAGGUGCCGGUGAUCUACCAGUGGAGCCGCAGCAACCAGAAGUUCGUCCUCCAGGGCGAGAUCCCAAACACGGAGGACGUGGUCGCCGUGAAGCACUUCCGCAUGCAGGAAGAGCUCUAUCUGGCCAUGACACGCUACAUCGGAGACUCAAAAGUCGUGCACUGGGGCGCCAAGCAGUUCUCGGAGAUUCAAGCGCUGCCGUCACGCGGCGCCAUGAUCCUCCAGCCGUUCUCCUUCAAAAAUCGCCACUACCUGGCGCUGGGAAGCGAUUACACGUUCUCACAGAUCCUUCUGUGGGACGGCGAGCAGAAAACGUUUGAGCGCUUUAAGGAGGCUUACAUCCAGGCGCCGCGCUCUUUCACCGCCGUGUCCACCGACCGCCGGGACUUCCUGUUCGUGUCCAGCUUCAAGGGGACCACGCAGAUCCUGGAGCACGUCCUCAUUGACUUGAGCCUAUGAGCGCAGUUCGUCUCCUACGAUCCAACAUCUUCCAUACAAAAAAAAAACGAGCCGACUAGUUCGGAAUGUAAAAUCAUCGAUCGUCCGCAGAUUCUUUUUCCAAACUUUUCUGAGAGGCCAGGUUUGACAACUUGUCCGCUAUGUUGCCUUAUCUGAUUGAUGCUCCGACAGCCUCACGACGCCCUCUUGCUGUGACGGCCAAGCAUCCCACCUGUUUUUUGCUUAUCGUGUGCAGGGAAUGUCUUAAAAAGCACAAACCUUUAAUCUUCGUAGAUGCAAAUCCAGUCUUGAGUGUAGUUUGUUAACAAAAUUGAACGACAAGCAAGAAUAAAAACAUGCGGGCUGUUGUUUAAAGAUGUUAUUCAGGGGUUAGAUGCAGGAUGUGUCUGGUACAAUAGUUCCCGCUUUAGUUUAGAUGCACCUUUUAUCUUUCUUAACGCACGUCGUCAUGACUCCAGGCAAAAAUAGUGCCAUUUUAGUCCUUAAAUAUGCUUUUCAUACUGCAGAAGACAUUGAAUACCAAAAUCGAGACAUGGACUGCAAUGCCCGAGCAUCUUUUUUUUUUUUUUAGUAGUUCUGUCAAAUGUUAAAAGCAUGAAAAGAAAAGUUAAGAAGGGUCAACAAAACGAAUGGAAAUAGCAAAAGUGUCAAGGGAUAUAAAGCGUACAUCACACAGAUUAAAUUAUAGUGAUGGAAGUGUUGAACAUUGGAAUAAAUGAUGCUGACUUGAGUUUAUUUUUAAUUGAUGUCAACACAUGGCUGAGUGAAUAAUUAUAUUUAUUGUCAUUGUUGUAACGGAAAUAAGUUUAUUUACACACUUUGACAUACAGUACAGGCCAAACGUUUGGACACACCUUCUCAUUUCAAUGCGUUUUUCAUGACUAUUUACAUUGUAGAUUGUCACUGAAGGCAUCAAAACUAUGACACCUGUGAAGUGAAAACCCUUUCAGGUGACUACCUCUUGAAGCUCAUCGAGAGAAUGCCAAGAGUGUGCGAACGAGUAAUCGGAGCAAAUGGUGGCUAUUUUGAAGAAACUAGAAUAUAAAACAGGUUUUCAGUUAUUUCACCUUGUUUUUGUUAAGUACAUAACUCCACAUGUGUUCAUUCAUAGUUUUGAUGCCUUCAGUGACAAUCUACAAUGUAAAUAGUCAUGAAAAUAAAGAAAACGCAUUGAAUGAGGUGUGUCCAAACUUUUGGCCUGUACUGUACAUACUACGGUAUAUACAGUAAACCCUCAUUUAUUGCUAUUAGUUGGUUCCCAGCCUGACCGUGGUAACUUAAUUUCCGCGUAGUAGGAAUUAAUAAUUUGAUAUCUUUAUAGCUACAGCAUAAACAACUGCUUACAACCUUCAAAAUAGGGUUUUUAAUAUUACGAGAGCCCUCUCAACAUGAAAUAACCCCCACAUAUUCAUCUUUACCCUCGUUUCAUCCAUUAUAGUAAUGCUGCCUGAUAUUGAACAGCACAUUUUGCUUGGGUUGGUCUCAUUUAAAGGCCAAUACUGCUGUAGUUUUUAUAUUUUUAGUGAAUUUAGCCAUGUUUUAUGCUUAAAGCCAAAAAUAGAAUAUGUAUUCACGUAAACUAGGCUGACAGUGCAACUAAAAUAGGACAGCAUAGACUUUUAUUAUUUUGUGCUUCAAAAGUAGCGGCUAGCCAGCGAGUGAGCAUCAAGUUGCUACCAUCGUCCUCUAUAAAAUUCAGGCAGGCAGAAGAAUUUAAACUUUUAAAUUUUAAAGUGAAAUAAACAUUUCGGUCUUGCCAAAGGACCAUUCUCUUCCAUACGUGUUGUAUGGAAAACGUGCCAUAUUUAUUUAGUUUUACCUAAACAAAAUAAUCAUUAAAAAAUGAUGACAAAUUGCUAAAAUAACAUGUUUUACUAUCAGCAAGUAAGUUGGUUCAUAUUUCAUUCAUGUAUAAGACAGUAAAGUAUACAACUGUGUACUAAUGUGAAAUAAAUUAUAAACUGGG